AUGAGGCCUAAGACGUUCCCCGCUGCUCCGUACGUGGGCAACACGCGCCAGCGCCUCCAGGAGAUCAAGGAGGGGCUGAAGCAGCCAGCCAAGCUGGUGAGCCAGGCCCUCCAUGGGGGCAGCUCCCGGGGUGAGGUGGGCCGCGGGACCGAAAGCAAGGGCAAAGACCCCGGCAGUCGCCAGCAGCAGCUCCGGCCCCCUCAGAAGUUCAACAACUACCAGAACGCUCUGAGAGAGAUCCGCAAGUCCCUCAUGCCCUUUGCCAAUGAGUCUGGCCCCUCCUCUGGCUCCGCCCACCCUGCUGGAGACGUCAACCGACAGAUGCUGCAGGAGUUGGUCAACGCUGGCUGUGACCAGGUGAGGACUGGAGAGUGUGUGUGUGUGUGGUUUCAAGUGGGAGAAACUGCUCUCAUCUGUAUCAAUGUCUCAACUUAAAUGCUGGUUCUAUAAUCAUGUACUGUAAGUGCCUAACAUAACUCAUUAAUGUGGAUGUAGAAAGCGCCAUUCAAUGUCAUAAUAUCCAGAAAUACAAUACAACCUUUCUCUGCCAAGAGUACAGUACAAUGGUUACAUAAUGUGGAAUGCAGAAAUGUUAAAAUAUCAGUCGGUUUCUUCAUCCUCUUUCGGAACAAGAGUGAACAUCUUCUCCACCCCAGAGCGAGAUGGGGAGAGGCGAUGGAAGAAGAAGAGAGAGAAUGUUUCCUGCGAAAACAUUGUCAGCUCACACAUGCUCACCUUUCGCCUAAAGAAAUAAACCCUUUACUGUAUUUGAUAUGGAAAGCUUUAUUACAGGGAUACGUUUUAUCAGAGUAUUUCUGAAUAAUAUGGAUCAGACUGUUCAGCAGAGUUCAGUCUCUUUUUAAACACCCAUAACUGGCCUAAGAUCAGGUCAUUUUAAAGGUCUCAGUGUGUUCAAAGCUCUUGGACUGACCAGAGACCAGUUACUAUAAUCAGACUCAGUACCGUGCCACUGUGGUUGAAGGCUUCAGGACAGGCCUGAGGACAGGCCCUGUGAUGGCGGCACUCGGCAUUUAAAGAAUGCUUAACUCAAGUCUUUGCACAACACUACUGACAAACCCCUCAGACCUCAACACAGUAGAGAUAGUGGGGCGAGAGGGAGAGAAGGAAGACACAAGCCAGAUAGAUACAACUCUUUUCCUGCCUACUGACUUUGAUCUCUGUCGUCUGGCUUUUACCAUCACAAUGAUGGGUUAUAAGUAAUGGUGUCUCAAUGAGCGAUGCGGCAGUCACUGUGUCUGUCCUAGGGCUGCCUCCUUAAGUUAACCUAGCCGGACCGAGGUAUGCUUCCUGUAAGACUUUAACAACAACAUUAUGACAAUUUAGCAACUUAAUCAGUCCUCAGCCCUUUACAUAAGUGCUUUAGGUUUCCUGGACCAGCCGCCAGGCGUGUCGUAUGAUAGAUGGUCCUGGUAUUUUUAGGCGACUGUGACCGAGGGGCCACUGAACGGACCAUUGAGUGUGGGCCUGGGCCCUUAUUUUCCUACACAUUCCACAGCCGUAAUGGCCGCCGUAGUGAGUGGCCCCUCUAGUCUCAACUCCCCUCCAUCCCCAAAAGCCCUGUGGCCUUAGUCUUAUCAGCAGCCUCUCCUCUCCUCCUCCAGCCACAAAUUACACAGCGCUGCGGCAAGUUACAUAAUCACUGUAAAAGAGGAAAUGUUUUGGUGGAGGAGCGAGGAGGGGCGGCUGGGAGGGACGGAGGGUGGAGUGUGGAGGAGCUCUUUUCCUUUCCUCCACCUUCGCUCCACUAUUACUGUACGAGGGUCCGGCCGGGCGGAGUGGAGACAGGAAUCUUAUGCACACUUAGCAUAUUUAAACCUCUGACAUAUGAAAUGAUGUGAUCACCGCCUUUAUGUAAUGAUUAGGUUAACAGGAUGUGACAGAAGCCUUGUGUGUGUGCGUGAGUGCUCCGCUAUCUUCCCCUUCUAUUAAUUGCACGAUCUGUUGUUCCACAGACCUAUUGAUGUCCCCCUCUCUCCGCCUGUCCAUCCAGACUCAGCUCCAUAAAGGUCUUCCAUAUGGCUUUCAUUUCCAGGGUCCCAUAGUGGAAUGUCUUGCAGAAUUAGGUCAAAGUGAAAGCUAAUAUAAAACAAACAGCCUUCCUCUCAGAACUUAGAACAGUGGCGCAGAAACUGUCAUUACAUCCAGGAGUGUGUAUUUUGUAGUUCACUUGAGUGAGAGUUGGGUGUGUAUGAUUAUAUUUACUAACUCCCAGCCUCCUAAGGAGAGUGAGAGUGUGUGUGUGUAUGUUUGUGUGUGUGUGUGUGCUAUCAGUGUUUGUGUGAUUAUGCGUUUGGGAUAACUCCUUGGCUUGUGGCUGUAACCAUUAUGACAAGGGUGCAAAUGUGGUAGAGGUUAUUUUAGGCUGGAAGCCACAUGAGUCUAGUAGACAGAGAGAGAAGGAGAGUGUAUGCCAGAGAGACAGAGACAGAGGAAGAGAGAGAAAUGAGAGGAAAAGACACCCAAAAAUACUUUACUUCCUGGCCUGUGGAAGUGAGUGUUUAUAUUCGGUUUCCUGUGUGUGUGUGUUAUGCGUGAGGGAAAGAGUGUAUUUUGGUUCAAACGUAUGGGCAGGCCCACUCUCAGAUGGACCCACACACACACACACACACACACACAUUGUGUAGAAUAUCUGUGGCUCCGGUGUUUCCUGGUUCUGAGAGCUGAAUGUGCUUACAGUCGCUAUGCAGCCCUGUUUUUAAACCAAUACGUUUCCUCCCUGCAAAUGGAUGCAUCCAGUCUGUCUCAGAACCUGUGGACACGCAAUGGUUGCAUUAGUCUCUUUAAACUAGUUUAAAGUCCACUUCAGUCCUUAAAAUGUAUUUAGCCCUAGUUAGGGUUGUUGCGGUGACCGUAUUACCGGCAGUCAUGAGUCGCUGGUCGCUGAUCGCCUGUACACAGGGCUCCAUUGUCCCUCUAACCACUCUGACAUCAAUGCCAAUGCAAUCGAAACACUAAUCAAACACGAAACAGUAUGUGCUUUUAAAACUCACCACUGUGAUGAAUCAAUUUGAAGAAAGAAGUGAGUGGAAACAUGGUUGUUGUUUCAAUGCCUAAUACAACGAAAUAGACAGCGCGUUGUAAGGUAAUGAUUAAUUCAAAACACCCAUAUGCAUAUUAGAACUAAUGCAUAUUCAAAGUGCUAUACAGUGCAUUCGGAAAUUAUUCAGACCCCUAGACAUUUCGUUACGUUACAGCCUUAUUCUAAAAUUGAUUAAAUCUAUUUUUUUCCUCAUCAAUCUACACACAAUACUAUAUAAUGACAAAACAAAAUUUUAGCAAAUUCAUUAAAAAUAAAAAACGGAAAUACCUUAUUUACAUAAAUAUUCAGACAUUUUGCUAUGAGACUCGAAAUUGAGCUCAUGUGCAUCCUGUUUCCAUUGAUCAUCCUUUGUUUCUACAACUUAAUUUGAGUCCACCUGUGGUAAAUUCAGUUGAUUGGACAUGGUUUGGAAAGGCACACACCUGUCUAUAUAAGGUCCGACAGUUGACAGCGCAUGUGAGAGCGAAAACCAAGCCAUGAGGUUGAAGGAAUUGUCCUUAGAGCUCAGAGACAGGAUUGUGUCGAGGCACAGAUCUGGGGAAGGGUACCAAAACAUUUCUGCAGCAUUGAAGGUCCCCAAGAACACAGUGGCCUCCAUCAUUCUUAAAUGGAAGAAGUUUGGAACCACCAAGACUCUUCCUAGAGCUGGCCGCUCGGCCAAACUGAGCAAUCGGGGGAGAAGGGCCUUGGUCAGGGAGGUGACCAAGAACCCGAUGGUCACUCUGACAGAGCUCUAAAGUUCCUCUGUGGAGAUGGGAGAACCUUCCAGAAGGACAACCAUCUCUGUAGCAUUCCACCAAUCAGGCCUUUAUGGUAGAGUGGCCAGACGGAAGCCACUCCUCAGUAAAAGGCACAACCCGCUUGGAGUUUGCCAAAAGGCACCUAAAGAGAAACAAGAUUCUCUGGUCUGAUGAAACCAAGAUUGAACUCUUUUGCCUGAAUGCCAAGUGUCACGUCUGGAGGAAACCUGGCACCCUCCCUAUAGUGAAGCAUGGUGGUGGCAGCAUCACGCUGUGGGGAUGUUUUUCAGCGGCAGGGACUGGGAGACUAGUCAGGAUCAGGGGAAAGAUGAACGCUGCAAAGUACAGAGAGAUCCUUGAUGAAAACCUGCUCCAGAGCGCUCAGGACCUCAGACUGGGGCGAACGUACACCUUCCAACAGGACAACGACCCUAAGCACACAGCCAAGACAACGCAGGAGUGGCUUCUGGACAAGUCUCUGAAUGCCCUUGAGUGGCCCAGCCAGAGCCCGGACUUGAACCCGAUCUAACAUCUCUGGAGAGACCUGAAAGUAGCUGUGCAGCGACGCUCGCCAUCCAACCUGACAGAGCUUGAGAGGAUCUGCAGAGAAGAAUGGGAGAAACUCCCCAAAUACAGGUGUGCCAAGCUUGUAGCGUCAUACCCAAGAAGACACAAGGCUGUAAUCGCUGCCAAAGGUGCUUCAACAAAGUACUGAGUAAAGGGUCUGAAUACUUAUGUAAAUGUGAUAUUUCUGUUUUUUAUUUUUAAUACAUUUGCUAACAUUUCUUAACCUGUUUUUGCUUUGUCACCAAUUUAAUCCAUUUUAGAAUAACGUAACAAAGUGUGGAAAAAGUCAAGGGGUCUGAAUAUUUUCCGAUGCACUGUAUGUGCAUGAGUUGUGUUACCUGGUGAGGUCUGUUUGAUGACCCGGACGAUGACCCUGCAUGAUGCAACUAUCCUAUAGUUGCAUCAUGCAGCACAUAUCUUUUGAUUUCUAAGACAUUUUAAGGUUUGUAUCAUUCACAACUAAAGUUGCCAAAUAAUUCUAAAUCUAGAGUAUAGGACCUGUUUUUAAAUGAUUUACUUUUAUGCUCAACAUAGCCACUUCAUAUGUGCACUCUCGCGCCGGAAUGGGAAAAAUAUCCUUUCUAUUUUAUUCCGCUAAGUUCAAUUAUAUUCUUCUUACUACAAAAUCAGAUAAUGUAAAAUAAUGGCACAUGACUUAUAAGCAUAUCUUGUCUGCUAAAUGAACAAGCCUACAGCCUAUGGCAUGGCACAUAGCCAGAUAACAUACAGUAGGCCAACAAAUAAUUAGUCCUUUCUUCAUAUAAUGUUUCUUUAGAUCUGCCAAAAAUUAAAUUGAUUUAUUGUGAUGGUGUAUAUUCAAUUGAUUUAUUAGUCUUUUUUUUUUAAAUGCAGAAAUUCCAAAGGCGUGCAUCAGCGGCUUGUAUGUAUGGAUGGCCUUGAGAUGCUAAACGUGUUUAUGUUAAUUACCGGUCAAUUACCCUGAGACCGGCAGUCUUUUGCAUGACAAUAACCGGCUAACAUAAUUUCAUGACUGCCACAACCCUAGCCCUAGUUUAUUUCCUGUAAAAUGUUAUAUUCUUACACAACAUCAUCAAGAUUAAUCUUGAUUCUAUGUUUUAAAUAACAACCUCCAGUGGCUAUUUCAGAUGAGCAGUAGUAUUUGGUUGGAGUUCUCUAACUGACCAUCGGAGGCGGUGUGGGGCUGAAUGCCUGUGUUGACUGAGGGCCAAACUGAGGUUUGGGUUGAAUGUCUUUUAGCGUGAGGUCAUAUGCCAUUAAGGGGUAUUUCCUCAUGUAGUUGUGGGUCGCCUAGUUAAAGAACGGUCGCAGGUUGUCUCGUGUUUGUUUUCACGUCUCACUCACUGAUGUUUAAUGGCUGUUGUUGUUUGUACUCUGCCUAUCAGCCAGUGUGAAAAUAGUAGGAUAACCUGCAUGAUCUUUAUAUAAAUACUAAAAUAUGUACUACAGUAUGGUGCUGAACUGUCACCAUAGAGGUACUUGCCAUAAAAAUAGCCUGCUAUUGGAAUGUUGAAAGAAUGUAAAAGGGCAGGUUCUAUGUUCUGUGUUGUUGUGUGUGAGGCUGGCUCAGGAAAUGGCUGGUGCAUGACCCCAGGAGAAGAGGAUGCAGGUGCAAGGCCUGCUGGGGGGCUGUUUAAAUCAUAAUGUCCUAAUGUGUGCUUGCGUGACUAUAGAAGAGGCUAUACACUAUCUGGUACUGAAAUAAUGCAAUCUGUUCCACAACAUGAGAUGGAUGAGCAUCAUCAGUCACAGUCUCUCAAUAAUAUAUCAAUGUCUAUUAAACACCGUUGUUUUGCCACCAGGAAAUGGCGGUGCGGGCUCUGAAGCAGACGGGCAGCAGAAACAUUGAGGCUGCUCUGGAGUACAUCAGUAAGAUGGGAUACCUGGACCCCCGCAAUGAACUCAUCGUCCGGGUCAUCAAACAGACCUCACCAGGUAACACAAUCAUGCACAUACAGUGCAUUCGGAAAGUAUUCAGACCCCUUGACUUUUUCCACAUUUUGUUACGUUACAGCCUGAUUCUAAAAUGGAUUAAAUUGGUGACAAAGCAAAAACAGGUUUUUAGAAAUGUUAGCAAAUGUAUUAAAAAAGAAAAACUGAAAUAUCACAUUUACUUAAGUAUUCAGUACUUUGUUGAAGCACCUUUGGCAGUGAUUACAGCCUCAAGUCUUCUUGGGUAUGACGCUACAAGCUUAGCACACCUGUAUUUGGGGAGUUUCUUCCAUUCUUCUCUGCAGAUCCUCUUAAGCUCUGUCAGGUUGGAUGGGGAGCGUCGCUGCACAGCUAUUUUCAGGUCUCUCCAGAGAUGUUCGAUCGGGUUCAAGUCCGGGCUCUGGCUGGGCCACUCAAGGACAUUCAGAGACUUGUCCCAAAGCCACUCCUGCGUUGUCUUUGCUAUGUGCUUAGGGUCGCUGUCCUGUUGGAAGGUGAACCUUCGCCCCAGCCUGAGGUCCUAAGCGCUCUGGAGCAGGUUUUCAUCAAGGAUCUCUCUGUACUUUGCUCCGUUCAUCUUUCCCUCAAUCCUGACUAGUCUCCCAGUCCCUGCCGCUGAAAAACAUCCCCACAGCAUGAUGAUGCUGCGACCACCAUGCUUCACCGUAGGGAUGUUGCCAGGUUUCCUCCACACGUGACACUUGGCAUUCAGGCCAAAGAGUUCAAUCUUGGUUUCAUCAGACCAGAGAAUCUUGUUUCUCAUGAUCUGAGAGUCCUUUAGGUGCCUUUUGGCAAGCUCCAAGCAGGCUUCCGUCUGGCCACUCUACCAUAAAGGCCUGAUUGGUAGUGCUGAAGAGAUGGUUGUCCUUCUGGAAGGUUCUUCCAUCUCCACAGAGGAACUCUCGAGCUCUGUCAGAGUGACCAUCGGGUUCUUGGUCACCUCCCUGAUUGCUCAGUUUUGGCCGGGCGGCCAGCUCUUGGUGGUUCCAAACUUCUUCCAUUUAAGAAUGAUGGAGGCCACUGUGUUCUUGGGGACUUUCAAUGCUGCAAAUGUUUUGUUACCCUUCCCCAGAUCUGUGCCUCGACACGAUCCUGUCUCUGAGCUCUACGGACAAUUCCUUCGACCUCAUGGCUUGGUUUUUUCUCUCACCUGCACUGUCAACUGUGGGACCUUAUGUAGACAGGUGUGUGCCUUUCCAAAUCAUGUCCAAUCAAUUGAAUUUACCACAGGUGGACUCAAAUCAAGUUGUAGAAACAUCUCAAGGAUGAUCAAUGGAAACAGGAUGCACCUGAGCUCAAUUUCGAGUCUCAUACAAAGGGUCUGAAUACUUAUGUAAAUAAAGGAUUUCUGUUUUCUAUUUCUAAUACAUUUGCAAAAAUGUCUAGAAACCUGUUUUUGCUUCGUCAUUAUGGGGUAUUGUGUGUAGAUUGAUGAGGAAAAUGUUUUAUUUAAUCAAUUUUAGAAUAAGGCUGUAACAUAACAAUGUGGAAAAAGUGAAGGGGUCUGAAUACUUUCCGAAUGCACUCUAUAUUCUAAAUAUAUGCACAGAAAGUUUGAAAUUCAAUAAGUAUAUGAACUCACUUACCACUAUGAUUUCUGUCCACAGGCAAAGGGGGUAUGCCAAACUCAAUGGACCACAGACCACCAUUAGAGGGAACAAGUGAGGGCGCCAUGCCUCCCUACCACCAGAUGGGGGCACCGAUGUAUGAUGGUGCUGGUUAUGGACCAGAGGGCGCCUACAUGGGUGCCCCCUACAUGGGUGCCCCCAUGGGACGCCCUCCCAGCAUGGGAGCCUACGCUCCAGCCAUGGCCGCCUACCCUCCAACCAAUCCAGGGAACCCCAUGUACACCCCAGGCACCCCGCAGAAGGCCUACCCAGGCAGCAUGGAGCAGGCCAUGAUGGGCUACAGCGUCCCCGGCCAGCCCCAGGCACCAGGAGGCCCCGUCCCCGGACCCCACUACGACUAUGGCCAUGUCCGGCCUCACAUGAUGGAGCCCUCAGGCUACGGCGUGCAGAGGAGUGCCUCCUUCCAGAACAAGAUGCCGCCGCUGGCACCUGACAACUACGUCAACAUACAGGGGAAAGGGGCCAUGGGACAGAACGGGGGAGGGUACCCCCCUAACAUGUACCUGCCUCCCCACCCCCAGCAGUCCAGCCCCACCUCACACCAGGUCCACAUGAUGUCCCGCUCACCCGGUGGGGUUGCCGCCGCCAUGGGGCCAGACUUCUCUGACCUCCCUCAGGGCCUGCUCACACCCUCUAGAGCCAGCCUUAACCUGGACCUGUACGAGCAGCACCAGCACCACUGGGCCGGUCCCCAGGGUUCUGAGGGGGCCCCUCCAGCUAGGCAGCCCCAGCCUCAGGGGCCCUUCCGGGGAGAGGUGCGGGUCCCCAGCAGGACCAACUCCUUCAACAACCGUUCAGCGCCCCCGAACAACAUCCGGCCCUCCCUGGUCGCUCCUGGCAAGCAGGACCCGUCCCUGGGACCACCCAACACCAUCACGGCGGUGACUUCGCCCCCCAUCCAGCAGCCGGUGAAGAGCAUCCGGGUGAUGAGGCCCGAGCCGAAGACUGCUGUGGGGCCAUGUCACCCUGGCUGGUUGGCUGCCCAGGCUGCUCAGGAAGCAUCUGAGCCCCUUGCCUACAUGCCUGAAGAGGCCUACGCUCUGGAGCCUGCCCAGGAGCCCCGCUGUCCACCACCUCCCUACCCCAAAACCCUGCUCAUGUCUGGGGCUGCUUCAGAGGCAGGGCCCCUGGAGGGACCAGGAGGAGCUAUGUGUGGAGCCCCAGACCUCAACACCCCUGCUAGACCACAUGGUGGUAGUGGAGGAGGAGGAGGAGGAAAGGAGAGCCAGGUGAAAGAGAAGACCAAGUCUGGGAAAGGAGAGAAGACAGUGAAAAACAAGAAGCAGAUCCAGACAUCGCCGGUGCCGGUGAGGAAGAACGGGCGUGAUCAGGAGAAGAGGGAGUCGCGCAUUAAAAGCUACUCGCCCUUCGCCUUCAAGUUCUACAUGGAGCAGCAUGUGGAGAAUGUGAUGAAGACUCACCAGCAGAAACUGAACCGCAGGCUGCAGCUAGAGCAGGAGAUGUCCAAGGUGAGACAGAGAGAGACCUAAAGGUUAUGAGGACCUGUGUUGUAGACAACCCCUAGAAUACCCUAAAUACCUAGAAUGGGAGUCAAUGAGUUCAUGGCUCUAUUUGUAACAGCUUGUCCAAAACAUUUAGAAAAACAGUUACCCGGGGUUCAGUCCUUUUGACAGAAUGUUAUGAAAUCAUACAAACAAAAAAAGUGUUUACUAGUGAAGUAAUACAUUACUUACUUUUGUAUCUUAUAUUCACAGUUGAUUGAGACAUUCGAAACAUCAAACACUUCAAGAAAUAUAUAAUAUAAUUGUAAUAAGGCAUGUAUACAGUAUGUUACUAAAGCAACCUAUCCCCUUUUUCUUUCUUGCCCUUCCCCCUUUCUCCAGGCUGGCCUAUCAGAGGCGGAGCAGGAGCAGAUGAGGAAGAUGCUUAACCAGAAGGAGUCCAACUAUAACCGGCUGCGCCGUGCCAAGAUGGACAAGGCCAUGUUUAUCAAGAUCAAGACGCUGGGCAUCGGGGCCUUCGGUGAGGUGUGCCUGACCCGCAAGGUGGACACGGGAGCCCUGUACGCCAUGAAGACGCUGCGCAAGAAGGACGUGCUCAACCGCAACCAGGUGGCCCACGUCAAGGUAAAGCUUAAACCAAGUGAUGAUGAUGAGAUGCUUCUGGUGAUGUUUCCAUGUUAUUGUGAUGCCAAAGGCACAUUCCAACAUUUGGUAUGGAAUGUACAAUAAAGUUUUUUCUUAUUAAUUCUAACCCUAAGGCUGAGCGUGACAUCCUGGCAGAGGCAGACAACGAGUGGGUAGUGCGUCUGUACUACUCGUUCCAGGACCGUGACAGCCUCUACUUCGUCAUGGACUACAUCCCCGGAGGAGACAUGAUGAGCCUGCUGAUCCGCAUGGGCGUCUUCCCCGAACCACUGGCAUGCUUCUACGUGGCUGAGCUGACCCUGGCCAUCGAGAGUGUCCACAAGAUGGGCUUCAUCCACCGUGACAUCAAGCCGGACAACAUCCUCAUCGACCUGGACGGACACAUCAAGUUGACCGACUUUGGCCUCUGCACCGGCUUCCGCUGGACGCACAACUCCAAGUACUAUCAGAAAGGUGAGCAGGGGACAAGACAAAGGACAAGUUCUUUCACUGCGUACAUGCUUUUGUAUAGACGGCUUCCCCUUGAUAUGUAACAUCUUCUCCUCUCUCCAGGCAGCCACAUCAGGCAGGACAGCAUGGAGCCCAGUGACUUCUGGGACGACGUGUCCAACUGUCGUUGUGGUGACCGGCUGCAGACCCUAGAGCAGCGGGCGACACGGCAACAUCAGCGCUGCCUGGCACACUCCCUGGUGGGCACGCCCAACUACAUCGCCCCUGAGGUGCUGCUACGCAAAGGUGAGGGAAAGACCGGGCAUAGUGCAGUAGUUGUAUGUUUGAUAUAUGAAAUAAAGAAGCCUAUUGUGAUCUUGUUAGUGAGCGGUUGUGGUCUUGUCCCUGCAGGGUACACCCAGCUUUGUGACUGGUGGAGUGUGGGUGUGAUCCUCUUUGAGAUGCUGGUGGGACAGCCACCCUUCCUGGCCCCAACACCCACCGAGACACAGAUAAAGGUUAGUAGUCAGUCGACUCACAGCUCAGUAAAACUACUGAAUGUGGAAAUACCAUAUCACUCAUCAAUUGCAGCUCUGAAACAUAUUGUAUCCAUCCCUUUCCUCUUCAGGUGAUAAACUGGGAGAGCACGCUGCAGGUGCCCCCGCAGAUCAAGCUCAGCCCCGAGGCUGUCGACAUCAUCGGCCGUCUCUGCUGCUCCCCAGAGGAACGUCUUGGGAGCAACGGCGCUGGCGAGAUCAAAACUCAUCCCUUCUUCGACCAGAUGGAUUUCUCCAGCAACCUGCGCACCCAGCCCGCCCCCUACCGGCCCAAGAUUGCCCACCCCAUGGACACUUCCAACUUCGACCCGGUGGAGGAGGAAGGGAGUCCCGGGGCAUGGAGUGACAGCGGGGACAGCACCCGGGCCUGGGAGACCCUCUGCACCCCACACGGGAAACACCCGGAGCACGCCUUCUACGAGUUCACCUUCCGCAGGUUCUUUGACGACAACGGCUGCCCCUUCCGCUACCCCAAGCCCCCUGAGACCAGCCACAGUCAGGGGCCUCCCAGCAGCAGCGGAGCCAGCAGCAUGGGCCCUGAGGAGGAAGAGGAGGAGGAGGAAGAGCAGGGGGAGGGUUGUGAGCCUGUGUAUGUGUAG